AAGCAUGUGUAUUUGUUUUGCUCAUAUGGGCAAAUCCAAGAACAAGAAUAUCGCACCACAAACAGAAACAGCGGAUGAAAAGUCAAAUUUAAAGAAAGGUAAGCGGAAAUCAACCACAGAAAAUGACACGGAAGAGACACCUGCGAAAAAAUCGCACCACGAACCGUCUGAAACCAUAACCGCAGGAACGACCAUCGAAAAAGCUGCUUCGUUGGCUGUACCCACUUCUAGCGCUAAACGAGCUAAGCGCCGAGAAAAACACGCCAAGAAUCAGCAGGAUAAACAAGAACAGAGUAAAAAUCGUGAAAAACAAGACGUCUGCCAGUAUCUGCAAACCUGGAACGACAAUCGAGAGAAGUGGAAAUUCCAGAAGCUCAAACAGAUAUACAUCCAAGAGCAUGUCUUUGACGAAGACCUGCUGGAUGACACGAUCUGGCCGAUUGUGUUGGAAUAUAUUUCCGGCACAAAAGGCUCUGGCAAAGAGACUCUGUCGAAUCGUGCUAAAACAAUUAUAAAAGAUGUUGAUCGCCAAGCAAAGGAUUCCGGCGAUAAGUCACUGCUUGAGGGAAGCAAAUACCGGCGAGCAAGAGAUGUAUUGCAGUACUUAGGAUAAGUGAUUAGAUGAGUUUUGUAAUUCAUAACUGUCGUAAAACGUGCUUCGUACUGUUUCAACCAGCUUGGAGAUGUUUUGUAUUUAAUAAACCCAUUCUAUAUCAUUUUUUUAU